AUGGUCAGCCUGCGGCCGUCCGGCCAGGCUCCCCUGCAGCCACUGCUGCUGCUCCUGGUGGCGGCCGCGCGCGCCCUGCCCGGCGCCGCCGGGACGUGCCCCGAACGCGCGCUGGAGAGGCGGGAGGAGGAGGCGAACGUGGUGCUCACCGGCACCGUGGAGGAGAUCCUCAACGUGGACCCGGUGCAGCACACGUACUCGUGCAAGGUUCGGGUCUGGCGGUACUUGAAGGGCAAAGAUGUGGUGGCUCAGGAGAGCCUGCUGGACGGAGGCAACAAGGUGGUGAUUGGCGGCUUCGGAGACCCCCUCAUCUGUGACAACCAGGUGUCCACUGGGGACACCAGGAUCUUCUUUGUGAACCCUGCCCCGCCGUACCUGUGGCCAGCCCACAAGAAUGAGCUGAUGCUCAACUCCAGCCUCAUGCGCAUCACCCUGCGGAACCUGGAGGAGGUGGAACACUGCGUGGAAGACAAACCUGGGACCCACUUCACGCCAGUGCCCCCAACGCCUCCGGAUGCGUGCCGAGGAAUGCUGUGUGGCUUCGGCGCCGUCUGCGAGCCCAGCGCGGAGGAGCCGGGCCGAGCCUCCUGUGUGUGCAAGAAGAGCGCCUGCCCCAGCGUGGUGGCGCCCGUGUGCGGCUCGGAUGCCUCCACCUACAGCAACGAGUGCGAGCUGCAGCGGGCGCAAUGCAGCCAGCAGAGGCGCAUCCGCCUGCUGCGCCGGGGGCCCUGCGGGACCAGGGACCCCUGCUCCAAUGUAACCUGCAGCUUUGGCAGCACCUGUGCCCGCUCCGCAGAUGGACUGACAGCCAUGUGCCUGUGCCCUGCCACGUGCCUGGGGGCCCCCGAGGGCCCCGUGUGUGGCAGCGACGGCACUGACUACCCCAGCGAGUGCCAGCUCUUGCGCCAAGCCUGCGCCCACCAGGAAAACGUGUUCAGGAAGUUCGACGGCCCCUGCGACCCCUGCCAGGGCGCCCUCAACAACCUGAGCCUCAUCUGCCGUGUGGACCCACGCACGCGGCGCCCUGAGAUGCUCCUGCGGCCAGAGAGCUGCUCUCCGAGGCAGGCGCCCGUGUGUGGGGAUGAUGGGGUUACCUACAGUAACGACUGCGUCAUGGGCCGAACCGGGGCCACCCGAGGCCUCCUCCUCCAGAAAGUGCGCUCUGGCCAGUGCCAGCCUCGAGACCAGUGCCCAGAGGCGUGCAAGUUCAGUGCCGUCUGUCUGUCCCGCCGAGGCCGCCCCCGCUGUUCCUGCGACCGUGUCAUCUGUGAUGGGGCCUACAAACCCGUGUGCGCCCACGACGGGCACACAUAUGACAAUGACUGCUGGCGCCAGCAGGCCGAGUGUCAGCAGCAGCGCAGCAUCCCCGCCAAACGCCAGGGCCCGUGUGACCAGCCCCCGUCCCCGUGCCGCGGGGUGCAGUGUCCGUUCGGGGCGAUGUGUGCUGUGAAGGAUGGGGAAGCGGAGUGUGCGUGUCAGCGAGCGUGUUCAGGCAUCUACGAUCCCGUGUGUGGCAGCGAUGGCGUCACGUACAGCAGCACGUGCGAGCUGGAGGCUACGGCCUGCGCCCUUGGGCGGGAGAUCCGGGUGGCUCGCCGAGGACCCUGUGACCGCUGUGGGCAGUGCCGCUUUGGAGCCCUGUGCGAGGCUGAGACCGGGCGCUGCGUGUGCCCCUCCGAGUGCGUGGCCUCGGCCCAGCCCGUGUGCGGCUCUGACGGGCACACGUAUGCCAGCGAGUGUGAGUUGCACGUGCACGCCUGCACACGCCAGAUCAGCCUGCACGUGGCCUCGGCUGGACCCUGCCAGACCUGCGGAGACACAGUGUGCGCCUUUGGGGCCGUGUGCUCGGCGGGGCAGUGUGUGUGUCCCCGGUGCGAGCGCCCUCCGCCCGGCCCCGUGUGUGGCAGCGACGGCGUGACCUACCGCAGUUCCUGCGAGCUCCGCGAGGCGGCCUGCCAGCAGCAGAUGCAGAUAGAGGAGGCCCGGGCGGGGCCGUGUGAGCAGGCCGAGUGCGGCUCGGGAGGCUCGGGCUCUGGAGAGCACGGUGAGUGUGGGCAGGAGCUGUGCCGGCAGCGAGGCGGCAUCUGGGACGAGGACUCAGAGGACGGGCCGUGCGUCUGCGACUUCAGCUGCCAGAGCGUCCUGAGGAGCCCGGUGUGCGGCUCGGACGGGGUCACCUACCGCGCCGAGUGCGAGCUGAGGAAGGCCAGGUGUGAAUCGCGGCCAGAGCUGUACGUCGUGGCCCAGGGAGCCUGCAGCGCCCCCACCUCGGCCCCGCUGCUGCCUGCGGUUCCCCUGCACUGCGCUCAGAGCCCCUACGGCUGCUGCCUGGACAACAUCACUGCUGCGCGGGGCGUGGGCCUGGCCGGCUGCCCCAGCUUGUGCCAGUGCAACCCCCACGGCUCCUACAGUGGCACCUGUGACCCGGCCACAGGCCAGUGCUCCUGCCGCCCGGGCGUGGGGGGCCUCAAGUGUGACCGCUGCGAGCCCGGCUUCUGGAACUUCCGUGGCAUUGUCACCGAUGGCCGGAGUGGCUGUACCCCCUGCAGCUGUGACCCCAAGGGGGCCGUGCGGGACGACUGUGAACAGAUGACCGGGCUGUGCUCCUGUAAGCCCGGGGUGGCCGGACCCCGGUGUGGGCAGUGUCCAGACGGCCGUGCCCUGGGCCCUGCUGGCUGUGAGACAGACUCUCCGGCACCCAAGACCUGUGCUGAGAUGCCUUGUGAGUUCGGGGCGUCCUGCGUGGAGGAGGCUGGCUCCGCCCACUGCGUGUGCCCAACACCCGCCUGUCCAGGGGCCAAUGCUACCAAGGUCUGUGGGUCAGAUGGAGUCACCUAUGGCAACGAGUGCCAGCUGAGGACCAUUGCCUGCCGCCAGGGCUUGGACAUCUCUAUCCAGAGCCUCGGCCCUUGCCAGGAAGACGUCACUUCCGGCCCCCGUCCGACAUCUGCCUCUGUGGCCCCCUCAGGGCUUGACCUGAGCAAGGCUCUGCUGCCUCCACCCAGCGUCCUCUCCCUGGCUCCCAGUAGUACCGCUCGACCCGCAUCGCAACCUUGGACCACUGCCAGCAUCCCCAGGACCGCUGCAAGGCCUGUGCUGACCAUGCCUCCCACGGCCCCCUCCCCGGCAGCCAGCCUCGCCACAUCUGCCUUUGGCGAAUCUGGCAGCGCCGAUGGGAGCGGUGACGAGGAGCUGAGUGGUGACUUGGAGGCCAGUGCGGCUGGCUCAGGAGGACUCGAGCCCCCUGAGAGAGACAGCGCUGGGACCCCCGGGCCACCCAUGGAGAGGGCUUCCUGCUAUAACUCGCCUAUGGGCUGCUGCUCAGAUGGCAAGACACCCUCACUUGACGCAGAGGGCUCCAACUGUCCUGCCACCAAGGUGUUCCAGGGUGUGCUGGAGCUCGAGGGGGUCGAGGGGCAGGAGCUGUUCUACACGCCGGAGAUGGCCGACCCCAAGUCCGAGCUGUUUGGGGAGACGGCCAGGAGCAUCGAGAGCGCGCUGGAUGACCUCUUCCGGAACUCGGACCUUAAGAAGGACUUUCGAAGUGUCCGCCUGCGGGACUUGGGGCCCGGCAACUCCGUCCGAGCCAUCGUCGAUGUGCACUUCGACCCCACCACAGCCUUCAGGGCUCCCGAUGUGUGCCAGGCCCUGGUCCGGCAGAUCCAGGCAUCCAGGCGCCGGUCCCUGGGCGUGAGGCGGCCUCUGCAGGAACACGUGCGGUUCAUGGACUUCGACUGGUUUCCUGCGUUCUUCACGGGAGCCACCCCUGCUGCAGCCACGGCCAGAGCCACCACUGUGGCCCGCCUGCCACCUUCAGCUGUGACCCCUCGGGCCCUCUAUCCCAGUCACACAAGCCGGCCCGUCAGCAGGACCACAGUGCCUUUCACCGCGCGCCAGCCCCCCACCCCUGCCCCUAGCCGUAUGCCUGCACACCGGCCCCCGCCCCCAGGCAUCCAGCAGCCCCCAAGGCCCUGUGACUCCCAGCCCUGCCUCCACGGGGGGACCUGCCAGGACCAGGGCUCAGGUGGAGACUUCACCUGCCGUUGCACAGCGGGCAGGGGGGGCGCUGUCUGCGAGCAGGCACCGCGCCCCUCCGUGCCGGCCUUCGGGGGCCACUCCUUCCUGGCCUUCCCCACCCUCCGUGCCUACCACACCCUGCGCCUGGCGCUUGAAUUCCGGGCGCUGGAGCCCCAGGGUCUGCUGCUAUACAACGGCAAUGCCCGGGGCAAGGACUUCCUGGCACUGGCGCUGCUGGGGGGCCGCGUGCAGCUCAGGUUCGACACAGGUUCGGGGCCCGCGGUGCUGACCAGCUCAGUGCCCGUGCAGCCCGGCCGGUGGCAUCACCUGGAGCUGUCUCGGCACUGGCGCCAGGGCACUCUCUCGGUGGACGGUGAGACCCCUGUCCUGGGCCAGAGCCCCAGUGGCACUGACGGCCUCAACCUGGACAUGGACCUUUUUGUGGGUGGCGUCCCGGAGGACCAGGCUUCCGUGGUGCUCGAGCGGACCUCUGUUGGGGUCGGGCUUAGGGGCUGUAUCCGCUUGCUGGACGUCAACAACCAGCAGCUGGAGCUGAGUGACUGGCAGGGGUCUGCGACCCGAAGCUCUGGAGUGGGCGAGUGCGGGGACCACCCCUGUGUGCCUAACCCCUGCCUCGGCGGGGCCCCGUGCCAGGCCCUGGAGGCUGGCAUGUUCCACUGUCGGUGCCUACCCGGCCGCUUUGGCCCGACCUGUGCUGAUGAGAAGGACCCUUGUCAGCCGAACCCCUGCCAUGGGGCAGCCCCCUGCCGCGUGCUGCCCCAGGGCGAGGCCAAGUGCGAGUGCCCUCGGGGCCGGGAGGGCAGCCUCUGCCAGACAGUCUCAGGGCGGGAGGAUAGCCAGCCUCUCCUGGCCGACUUCAGCAGCUUCUCCUUCCUGGAGCUGAGAGGCCUGCACACCUUUGAGCGGGACCUGGGGGAUAAGAUGGCGCUGGAGGUGGUGUUCCUGGCCCGGGGCCCCGGCGGCCUGCUUCUCUACAACGGGCAGAAGGCGGACGGCAAGGGCGACUUCGUGUCGCUGGCACUGCACGACCGUGUCCUGGAGUUCCGCUACGACUUGGGCAAGGGGGCAGCGGUCAUCAGGAGCAAGGAGCCAGUGGCCCUGGGUGCCUGGACCAGGGUCUCCCUGGAGCGAAACGGACGCAAAGGAGCCAUGCGGGUCGACGAUGGGCCCCGUGUGCUGGGGGAGUCCCCGAAAUCCCGCAAGGUGCCGCACACCGUCCUCAACCUGAAGGAGCCGCUCUACGUGGGGGGGGCCCCUGACUUCAGCAAGCUGGCCCGGGCAGCCACCGUGUCCUCUGGCUUGGAUGGUGCCAUCCAGCUGGUCUCCCUGAACGGCCGCCAGCUGCUGACCCGGGAGCACGUGGUGCGGGCGGUGGGUGUCUCGUCCUUUGCAGACCACCCUUGUACCCAGGCCGAGGGUCACCCUUGCCUCAACGGGGCCUCCUGUCUCCCUCGGGCGGCCUCCUACGAGUGCCUGUGUCCUGGGGGCUUCUCGGGGCUGCACUGCGAGAAGGGCCUGAUUGAGAAGUCGGCCGGGGACCUGGACACACUGGCCUUCGACGGACGGACCUACAUCGAGUACCUCAACGCCGUGGCGGAGAGCGAACUGACCAAUGAGAUCCCAGCCCCUGAAACUCCGGAUUCCAGGGCCCUUCCCAGUGAGAAGGCGCUACAGAGCAACCACUUUGAGCUGAGCCUGCGCACCGAGGCCACGCAGGGGCUGGUGCUGUGGAGUGGCAAAGCCACAGAGAGGGCCGACUACAUCGCACUGGCUAUCGUGGACGGGCGCCUGCAACUGGCUUACGACCUGGGCUCCCAGCCCAUGGUGCUGCGCUCCACCGUACCAGUCAGCACCAACCGCUGGUUGCGGGUCAGGGCACACAGGGAACAGAGGGAAGGCUCCCUUCAGGUGGGCAACGAGGCCCCUGUGACUGGUUCCUCCCCACUGGGUGCCACGCAGCUGGACACAGAUGGAGCCCUGUGGCUGGGUGGCCUAGAGAAGCUGCCUGUGGGCCAGGCCCUGCCCAAGGCCUACGGCACGGGCUUCGUGGGCUGCCUGCGGGACGUGGUGGUGGGUCGGCGCCCGCUGAACCUGCUUGAGGAUGCUGUCACCAAGCCGGACCUUCGGCCCUGUCCUGCCCCGCCCCGCAUACACACAUUGCCUGUGUUCCAUCUGGCGAGGCCUGUGUCCCCAGAGCAGGGCCGCCUGGCGCCUUCGCCCUCCGAGCCCGUGAUGUGGCGUGAGCCCCUCGUCCUGAAGCCCGGCGCCCUGGGCAACUGGUGCAACCUCCCAGCACCUUUGCGAGACCUGAGGGCACGGCUCCUUUUAAGGGAGCUCGGGAGGGGCGGGGCCUCUACGGUGGGCGGGGCUCCGGUGGGCGGAUCCUCGAGGUAG